GGGAAAAGGAAUAAAUAUGGGAUAGAGAGAGAUGAUGAAUUAAGAAAGAAUUGUAUUAAAAAUCAAGUCUUAAGAAAAGCCGAAAUAAGAGGCCAUUCGUACUUGAAAAAGCGAUAUAACAAUGAGCCGCUUCAAGUUGCAACUUCUAGGAAUCCAAAAUUAGUGAAUACCCAUCAAAACUUCUUCUCAACCCAAGGAAGACAAUCAAUUCUAUACAAGGGAACACUCGAUGGUUAUAAGCCUAGCCCAAAUUUCUUCAAAAAGAACAACUUUUUGGAGCCUCUGUUUCCAAAAAGCCCAUUAAACUCUUUAAAGAAUGGUUUAAUCCCAGUCAAGAGUAAAUAAGUCCCAUCUGAGUCCUCCCAAGUUGUGAAACAAGAGUAUAACUCGAAGCAGGAUGAUUCUGGGCAAGGAAAAAUCUCCAAGAUCUACACCUAAGAGCUCUAGUCGUUUCAAUUUCGCCUAGGAAAUGCCAAGAAGAGUUCAAAGACCUUAACACAGAUAUGAUUCUCAACAAGUACAUAAUGAUGAAAUACAACGACCAAAAUCUCAGAACAAAUUCUGUCUCACGAAGAGAUUUCAUUGACCAUUUGCGAGAAUCUAUUGAGUUAAAGAAGAAAGAAAUGGAGAAAACCCAAGCACAGGAUUUUCAGAAUACGCAGAAAAAGAAAGAAGAAAGCACAGAGUCCAACCUCAGUAGCGAGGAGGAAUCUAGCUGCCAAAUGUCCCUUCAGUAUGAGAAAGAUCAAGAAGAUUUAUCACAGUUUCAUGUUCUUGACACUGGCUAUAAAAUUCCGAUAGGCGAAACUCCAAAAUUUGUUCAAAAACAAGAUAGUAUUCAUAGGAAGCUUCUCAAAUCUUUUGAAAGAGACCCGUUGGCAAUCUAUGAGAAUACCAUGAUGUCUGAUGAUAACCACCAAGAGGGUUUAAAUGAGAACGAAGGUGAAGCUAAAAUGGAAACCCAAUUCGAACCACAAAAGGAAGAUUUCUUAUCAAGCAUGUUUCUCAAGCCAGAGAUGAAGAAUCAUGAGAACUUCACUAAGCCUCAUACACCAUAUAUCUUAGAUAAAAAGGGAAAGAAGCAUUUGUUGAGCCUCUACGCUAGAGAUCAGAGCCGGAGAGAGCUGAUAGACAUCUUAAUGAAGGAUAAGAAGGUGCCAGAUCUCAACCUAAAUAUUUCUCCUACAAAUUUAAGGUCCCAAGUUCUUAUCAACUAUGAAAAAUUGAAAUGCAACCCAGAUAUUGAUAUUGACGUAAACGAGCUGAACUUGCUUAAAAUUAGAGAGACCACCUAUCACCGAUACGAGAAGGAGUACAGAGAGUGACUCCAGAAGGAGCACCAGGAAAUUAGAAAGAAAUCAAUACUCUCCAGGAACCCCUUGGUGACAUUUUCAAGAACGUUGUCUAGGCCAAGAGAGAGGGGAAGAAAGUAGGUAAACAUCUUUCAUGAUCGCAGGAAGGCUUAGAUUAUCCCUCAAAGCCUACUGAAAUUUUUCUAAAUUU